UUCACUUCUGCCCAGCACCAACACUUGUUAGAAAAACUUACUUUAGACACUGUUGAAUCUAAAGUUGAGUUUUUUUGAAGCUUACUCUUCAGCAUGAGCACCAUGGCAUCUCCUGCUGCCCCGGCUCUGCUCCCGGCUGCGCCUCUCGGUCAUCACCCGACACCGAGUUCAGUGUCUCCGGCCACCAACUCUCCGCCACCUGCCGCCACCUCUGCUGCCUCAUCCCCGGCUCCUCCCGUCCCUCACCCGGCUCUUCUUCACUCCUUCAGAGCAGACCUUUUACUCCCGAACGGGACUCCGCUGAAGACGGCGGGGAUGUCCGGUUUGUCCCUGUCCAGCGGUGGUAAACCGGUGUACGCGACCCCCUCUCCGGUGGAGAGCACGCCGCAGAACAACGAGUGCAAACUGGUGGAGGUGAAGGGGGUCAAGAUAGCCUCUUUUACGGUGAAAGACACGGAGCUCAUUUGUCUGCCACAGGCUUUUGACGUGUUUCUCAAGCACCUCGUCGGCGGGCUCCACACCGUGUACACCAAGCUCAAGAGACUGGACAUCACCCCGGUGGUGUGCAACGUGGAGCAGGUGCGGGUGCUUCGAGGACUCGGGGCGAUCCAACCCGGGGUGAACCGCUGCAAACUCAUCUCCAGACAAGACUUUGAGACACUCUACAACGACUGCACCAAUGCCAGUUCGAGGCCCGGACGACCGCCCAAGAGGCUUCAGAGUGUGACAGAGGGCGGGACCCACCCCAUGCUGUCCCACAGUGGGCUGAUGCACGCCGGGAUCAUGCCUCCUGCAGAUCUGUCUGCCCUGGCCAAAAAGAUCAAGCUGGAAGCAAUGGGCGGUUUCCACAGUAACCACCAGCAUGGCGGGCCAAACGGGGAGAAUGGUGAUCACAACCCUGGAUUGGUUCUUGACCAGCUACCCUUCAUGAUGAUGUCACAUCCUCUGAUCCCUGCCAGCCUGGCGCCGGCCUCCGUUUCCAUGGCGAUGGGCCAGAUGAACCGACUGAGCACUCUGGCCAGCAUUGCCAAUGUGGCACAGCUUCAUGCCAAGGCCCCCUCCAGGGCUCCCACCUCCGUCAUUAAGGAGCGAAUGCGUGAUAGCCCCUCUCCCUCACCUUCGUUGGAGGACGGUCAGAUCUCAUCUAAUCACAGCAGCAGUGUGUCAAGUUCUCCAUGUCACACAGAACGCAAUCUAGAAAUUUCACACUCACUUCAUGAUGGUCUAUCAAGUCAUGGAGUGCUGGGACAUUCGCCCAAUCUGGUUCAAGGCACUAGAGACACCGACACUUCUCUGGAUUACAGCAAAGAGAGCAAGAGGGGGCACCCUGACAGAGAUAACAGCUCCUUGGCUGCUCAGACGACCAGGGAAGCUUGUGACAGACAAGUGUACCAGAAACCCCCAUCGGGCAGGGAGGCCUGUGAGCGCCUCUCCUACCCUGCAGGACAGAAGCUCUCAGCAGGGCUCCACCACGCUCCCUUCAUCUUCCCCGAAGGCCUGUCCUCCAUAGAGACUUUGCUCACCAACAUCCAGCAGGGUCUGUUGAGGGUUGCCAUAGAGAAUGCCCGGGCGCAGGAGAAGCAGGACCAGCUGGAGCGGACAGAGCUGAAGAUGGAGCUGGUCCGAGAACGCGAACUGAGGGAGACGCUAGAGAGGCAGCUGAGCGUCGAGCAAAAGAACAGAGUCUUGAUUCAAAAGCGUCUAAAGAAGGAGAAGAGGAGUAAGAGGCGACUUCAGGAAGCUUUGGAGGAGGAGGUGAAACUGCGGGACCAGGCGGAGCACAGCCUGCUCCACAGCGCCCCCACACUCUCAGGCCAUCAAUCAUCAGCGGCCCCUCCCCACUCAGAGUCUGUGACCCAGGACGUGGAAGGGAGCAAACAUGAUGACAACAGGCUGGACACUAAGGCAACAGCACAAGAAGGUAGAGUGUUUCUUCAGACUACUGGGAUGUACUAAACAUAUCAUGGAUGAACUGAGAGGACCGAAGCCCCUUUUACUAAGCGUACAUCUUUGACAGGCAUUUGAUGACCACUUUCAUCCUCUACAUUUCGGAUGACAUUCCUCUUUUUUUUAUUUAAUUUAUUACAUUUAUCACUGGAUCUCUGCUGUAGUGAGAACAGUUCUCUACUCUAAUGUGUUUCAGUGUGUUUUUUUUUUCAAUCAAAUUUUCUGAUCCUACAAGUAGUUAAGAUGAACAUAGUUGUUUUCUGUCAGUGCUGUUUAUCUGGACUCAGUCGAUAAAUAUAACUUGUAACAAGAGUCGUGUACAUAUAUAGUCAUCACUUUUCGUUAUUAUCAUGAAUAUAACAGCAUGUUGUACAGUC